AUGAAAACUUUCAGAAACAGCAAAGGGGGUGAUGUACAUGGCAGUUCCUUAUUCCAGGAGCUAGACACCAGACGACUUGGAUUGGAAGCUUAUCUUUGGAAUUUCCUCUUCGAUGUCGUUUUCGACUCGAACAGCGAAACUGAUGCCGCCAGAACGAGGACGACCUUCAAGAGACAUAGAAAGGACUAUGCCAAGUUGAAGAUAGAAGAUUCGUCUCAAAUCGCGCCUGUCUAUGACUGGUUGCAGUCAGGCUGGCCCAUAACCAAGCCAAUAACACCCGACUCUGUCAAUGAGCUCUUACGAAAGGACAGCGAAGAAAUUUGCCAAAUGAUUCAUGGCAAUGAUGGUAGAGAGCGCUCAGAUAGUCGGGCGGAAUCACGCGAAGAGCUCCGAGACAUACUUUCUCUGGCCCUGGAGCUAGAUGAAAUGAUCAUGACCUCGCGGGCCAUGAUCACCGUGGUAUGGCCCGGUGAGGUACUUGAGAUUAACGCAGGCAACUGCACCGAGUACCGAGAGUGGUACAUGGAGGCCAUACAGGAAGAGAGAGAGCCCGGCGAGAAUGUGAGAUUGAAGUUGUGCGUUACGCCCAUACUUUUGAAGAAAGGCAAUGCGAGAGGGACCAACUACGAGUCUCAGAUUGUGCUUGUCAAGGGCGAUGUUGUUGUGGAUUAUGGACCUAGUCAGGGGAGUACGAAACCUGUCCAGACUCAGGAAGGUACCGUACAGUGA